AUGGUGACCGUGGGCAAUCUGGUAGCAGAUGAGGUGUGGCAGAUCAUCAACGACAGUGAGCACUCGUGGCAAGAAGACCACACCUCACCAUGGAAAGAAAUUGACCUGGAACAGAGCGAGAUAGACAGAAGGGAGAACACAAACCUGAGGAUACUAGAUGAGAGAAACCUGAUAGAUCCUGAGCAUGUGAUGCUGGCAUUGACACGGCUGAGGGACUUCCUGGUUGAAAAAGGGAUAAGAGAGAUUUCAAUGCCGGUUUACCAUCCGAACAGGGGCAGAUUGAACCCUAGGGAACUAUACGCCAUCCUGCACGUGGUCUUUGAAGAAACGGAAAUAAUGAUUGAUUUGAAUAGCAAAGACGAAAACGAUAACUGGAUCGGAAUUACACGAGUAACGGAAGAAAAAGAAGACAUCAUACAGCUUUUCGCAAUCGAAGAAAUCAUGACACGUGUUAACUACUUGCCCUCGAAGUCCAGAAUAAUAGCGUCUAUGGAGGAAAUGGAUCACACUAAUCAGAGAGUGGUGGUCAAGAAGCUAGAGUAUGUUCCACCGCAGCUGGAUGUGAUAGAGGCUCUUCAGCAGAUGACCCCAUCAGUUGCCAGGGAAACUGUGGAGAUAGCAGAGGUCAACCCGCGACCCAGUCCAGAGUUGAUAGCCGAUGAGUUGAUGUCCUAUCCCGAAGUGAAGCGCCAGAAAUUAUUGGAUAGUAUAGACUGUCUGCCUUCAGACGAGGCAAUGACAAAGAAAUUAAAGAUUUUGAACUUCGAAGAACAAAGACAGUUGUUUGAAUCGGGUGCUCUGAAACUGCCAAUUAACAGAGACGAUAUUGUGCACUUUUUCGGACACGAGCCCGAAUCAGAAAUCAGGACCAUCUUCAAAACAGUUGGACCCAAAGUGCUGAACGAAGAAAUUGUGUCCGAAUAUUUGAAAUCUCUUUCGAAGGCAGAAUUGAGCCAAUUAAUGCUAAUGUCGAAUUUAGAGGUCAUUGUCAAAGACGACCAACAUGUGAAAGAAUAUCUGUUGUCGCUUGAUGUUGUGAAACAGAAGAAGAUUGUCGAGGAAUUAGAAUGCUUUACCGAAUAUGAUGAGGUCGUUAAACUAGUCCGAUCUAUAAGUGUAGAACACAAGCAGACUUUAGCAAGGGAUUGUGGCUUACCUGUAAAACCAGAUGUCGAUGAAUUGGUGACGUAUUACUUCGAACUCUCAAUCAUGAGACAAAAAGAUUUCAUAAAAGAGAUCGGAUACCUCCCGAACGCUUCGGAACUUGCAGAAAUGUUGCGAUCAUUCGGUACGGAAACUAUUGCUCAGGCUAUUUUGACAGCGGGUCUGAUUUUGCCGAGAUCAAUUUUCGGACCAGUUAAAACAGCGGAUGAGUUAGCCCAAAUGGUUGAAGAUACACCUCGACCUUUAGUGAACCAGGGGUUACGGAAGGUCGAAUUCCGAGCGGACGUUGACCUGACAGCUCUGUCGUUACGAGAUAUGACUCAGGAAGAUUUCUGUCGGGCGGUGAAUUCUUCAGGAAAAUGUGUGCCUUUAGGGCCAAAUGAACUUAGGAAUCAAUUCAGCUUUUACUCCAUAGUUAUUCGAAAUAAAUGCGCCAUAGCGAGCUUGAGUGCGAGUGAUGCGGGACUAGUGGCCACUGGACUGAGCCCGGGAGGAGGGGCUGAUUACCAGAUGGCCAGUGUGCUGCUGAAGCGAAUGAAUCACGCCGACCAAAUGAAGGUCAUUUGCAGUUCAGGCUCUGGCGCUAUAGAGGCAUCGGACAGUGCAGUCGGAAUGUACCUCCGGAGCAUCGAAUCAACCAGAGUCAGUCACAUACUGAAAAGCAAUGACAUCGGACUCAACAACUUCGACACCAUACUAGACUUCGUGAGAAGCAUGGAUGACGCACAGUUUAGCAGACUCAUCCGUGAGUCGGGACUCACUCCUGAACUGGACAUGGACACUUUGAUCAGAUGCACGAGACAGAUUGGCCAGGCGGGAUGUCAGCGGAUUUUCGCGGCUCUCGGGUUCGUGCCGAACCGCGAGGAUGUGAUCAGUAUGCUAAAAGAAAUUGAGCCCCACAUGCGCAGUGAGAUCAUAAUGGACAGUGAGUUCUGCCCUGACAUCGCACAGAUGGUGAAGAUGGGAGAGUAUCUGUCUCAGGAGGAGAGGAGACAAGUAGCUGAGAUGAUGAGAGGCAGCUAUGAAGUGACGGAGGAUGAUGUACUCAGGAGCAUGAAGAGAUUGAAGAGAGAAAACAUCGCCAAUUUGUUGAAAGAAAUCGGAUUCUGUGCAGAUAUUGACGGAGUUGCAGCUGGUCUGCGGAACCUACCAUUUGAACAUCAAAGUAGUGCUAUUCUUGAAGGAGCAGGUGAUGUCGCAAAAUUCGUGGAAGAAAACAAUUUAGCAGAAUCCAUGAAACGACUAAGACCUGAUCAAGUACAAAGAGCUCUGAAAGCAGCGGGAAUCGAAAACGAAGUGAUAACGAAAGAAAGUAUGGAAGUAUACGUUAAAAACAUGGAAGCCACUGAUGUUUCUGAUUUUUUGAUGAGCGCGGGAACCGGCGAUACGAUUCUUGCCGAUGUUCUGAGGUGUCUCCCUCUUGAUCGAGUGAUUCAGAUUCUAAAACGAGCGGGAAUUUUUCCUUUUGACCCAGAAAUUAUGGCUCAGUCGUUUCAACUUAUGGUAGACGCUGCUCAGGCAAAGUUUUUUGCUAGUAUUACAAUAUCAGAUCCAGGUGUUCUUAAUGGGUUCACGAAGUAUCCUCUGGUGUUCAAACGAGUGCUCAUGAUGAGUAUUGAUUAUCUGCCUAAUACGGAAGACCUAUCUAGUUUUAUGCGGCAGCAUAGCCAAGAAGGUAAAAGAGAAAUAAUAAAUGCUAUUGAUUAUCAGCCAACAGCCGCAGAUAUUGUGUACGCAUUUCGAUCAACGCCCCCUAAAGACGUUUCGGUAAUGAUGCAUUCGGCGGGAAUAGAAUUGUACACUUUGGAAAGCGACUGUAUAAGAGCAUUCAAAGAUAACGGCCAUGAAUUUGCAAAUCGUGUUAUGAAUGGAUCUGGUGCUUUUUGUGACAAAGAAACGUUAGAAAGAGGACUUCUAGCUUUGAAUCCAAUGGAACAGCAACAGGUUGUAUGUUGCGUUGGAAUUAAACCACCCUUGUCCGAACCUUUACUACUUGAGACACUGAAGGUUCUCAGACCCGAUGAAUGUAAAAGAGCCUUGAAGCAAGCUGGGUUUCAUUUUGACUCAGAAGAAGAACUCACAGAGCUAAUGAUGAGAAAAACAAGACCGCAACAAGAAGAAAUUUUGAAGAAAGCCGGCGCUAAUUUUGUGCCCCUGACUGAAAGAGGGAUGAGUGAUGGUCUAGCGACGUUUACGCAAGAAAAGUUGCGCCAAGUUUUGUCGAUGAUUAACAAGUAUCCACCGCCUUAUGUGGACAGUCUUGCUGGAUUCAAAGCGCUCACGAUUGAUAAACAGCGACAGUUCCUAGCGGAAUCAGGAUCCCGUGCGCUUCCUACAGAUGAGCAAAUGCUGGAAGGGUUCCAAGCAAUAAGAACCAAAGGUGAUUUUCUAUUGAAAGCGGGCUACAUUCCAUCUAAAACAGAGUUCAUAGAGCUUUUGAGUAGCGCUGAUCAAACUAUGCGUCGCGAAGUUGUUAUUGGAACACCGGUUUCAUAUACGACAGGUGAUGUGAGUAAGUUUUUGAAGUCGCUGAUUCCUCAAGAGGCCGAAGCAGCAAUCGUCGCUUCGGGUGUAGUAGCUUUGCCUAAUGAAGAAAUGCUCGUAAGGUCUCUAUCUCGGCAGUCGGAAAACGUAAUCAGUCGCGUUUUCAAAGAAGUAGGGUACACGCCAGAUACGGAAGACGUAAUUAGAGGACUACAAGCAAGUAACUAUUUGGAAAUUGAGAGAAUUUUCAGGCUCGCGAAUAUUAAAAGGCCGGUCGAUGAAGAUGUGAUAGCUGAAGGGUUAAGGACUUUAAGGCCUGAUGAAAGUCAGAGAGCAAUCAAAAGCGCAGACAUCGGAACACCGACGUCAAAAGAUAUCAUCGAUGUUCUGAAGACUAUGUCAGAUUAUGAACAGCAGCAAAUUGUUAGAGCUUCUGGACUGCAAGUAAUACCUGCAACGGAAAGCGCAGUUGCAGAGUAUUUGAAAAAUAAACUUAAAGCGAAGCAAAGGCAAAUUUUAAAGACGAUCGACUUUCCAGGGUACCUGGACUUGAUUGAAAUUGUGAAGGACUUGGAUCUCUCGAAACAGUGGCAACUCAUUGAAGACGCAAACGUAGACUAUUUCCAGCAUUUAGUCCAAGAUGCUGAAAAACUACAGGUCAUUUUAAUCGAAGGUUUGAAACACUGUGCUAGUAUGCAACAAGCACACGUGAUUAAACAUUCUUGUGACCGGUUGCCGAGUGACCUGAUUCAGUAUUAUCUGGCGAUGUUAGCUCCUGAUGAGCGGAAAAAAAUCUUUAGGGAAAUUGGACCCUAUCCGAAUGAUCACAGUUCAUUAUGUGAGUUAGUACAAAUCGUGAAUUGUAUGUCGCCGAAAGAUCGUCACAAUUUUUUGGAGAUGGUAGUUUGUGAUGACUUACCGAAUGACAUAAUGAAAAAGACUUUCAAAAGUAAAAGGCCGACUGAAAUGCAAGAGCUGAUAUGUGAAUUGGAACUUAUGUUGGAACCUUACGGACCUUUGAUGCGAAAAGACCACGAUAAAAUGAGGUGUAUGGUCAUUGAGUUUCUCAAAUGCAUUUCAGACGUAGAUACCAAAGAAAUUCUGAAACUUGCUGAUAAAUGUUUGAUCACACUCUUAAGUGUGCCUCCUAAAGAUUGCGUUCCCGUUGAACCUGUGACGAGACUCUUAAAUACCAUGCCUCGUGCCGAUGCUGUAGAAGCUGUGGCGAAAUCAGAGUUGCAGCUGAAAGCUCAAAUUCUGAGAUGUCUGCUUUCGGACGUUGCAGUAAGAAAAGUAAUGAACUACCCGUCAAUCGAAGAGCUUGCAAUUGAGAUAUUGGACCUCAAGCCAAAAGAUUUGAGUGCGUUAAUGACAAGAGUUAUGAACGAAAUACCAUUUGAACAAAUUUUGAGUGAUGAGAUUUUGCUACGAUGUCUGAUGGCUAUACCAGAAAAUAGAAGAUACCCUCUAGUUUCAGCGGCUUGCAGUGAACAAGUUUUAUGUCCCUAUCAGAUGCCUGGUCAGGAGCUCUUAUCGUACAUGAUGGGACAAAUACCAACUAAUACCGCAAUUGAAGUGUUACUCCGUUCGGGAAAUUGCGAAUUAGUAGAGUUAUGUACAGGUUUUACAAUUAUAAAAGCUAUAGAGUUCUUAAAGAAGUUGAAUUCACAUGAUUUGGCAAAAGUCCACGAUGAGGUUUGGAGUAAAAAUGGGUCUCCUUGCGUACACGUUGAUUCUUCAGCAAUGAUGCGAGAAACUGAAGCUCAAAUUCGUGCUAUGCUUUCACACGAAGUGGACGAAUUCAAGCAAUGCGUUCAAAACGAAUACACGAUUCGUGAAACUGAGAUCCGAACCCAAUAUGAGGGAACAAUUUUGUCCAUGCAAAAUGAAGUGGAAUCGUUUUUGAAAGGCGAAUGUUGCCGUAUGGCAGAAAGAAUCGUAAAGAAUCUGAUCGAUGGAAUGCACGCAUUGGCAGUUUGUGCAAAUCAAGACUUCGCUUCAAAAUUGUCGAGCGAGGAGUCAAAGCAAUUAAAAACUAAACAGAUUUGCGACGAGGUUUUAGGAGGUGCAACAAGGCAAUCAAUAACAGUGGUUACUCAAGGUAUCAGUGAUUUGAUCAAUGAGUACUGCGCUAAACUGAAAGAUGGAAUUUGCCAUAAGCUGACUCCUAGAAACGGGAACCCAGUUAACCCGGCGGCUGUAAACAGUCCGAGACCAGCAAUGGGCGGUGGAAAUUGUGGAUGUGGUAACAUGGGCGGUGGCUGCGGACCCCCUAUGUGUGGUAGACCCCCAAUUGUGUGUAACCCGUGUGUGGGUGGUGGGGGUAAUUUGAACCAAAUGAAUACCCAGAUUAAUAGGAUGAUGGGUCAAUUGGAUGACAUGACGUCGGGUCUGAGGUCUAGAAAUAAAUGUGGAGGGGGAGGCUGUAAAAAGAGGUGUAGAACUCCGUGUCAUUGAGCAUGAUAGAUAGCAGCAAGCUGUUAUUGGCCUUUAAAAUCUUGAUAAAAAUGGCGCCCUUGAAACAAUGAUUUGCCAAGAGGUUAAAAAGACAUAGGGUUUUACUUCUUACAAAGCUUAUGGAAGUUAAGCUGUUUUGAUAUCCCCAUGUGAUUUAAUCCGUUCUGGGAACGAAUAGAUUGAAGUUAGAAGAUAAUGGAGUAUUGUGACUUCUUGAGCGAUAUAUGUUUGAUACUCAUCGACUGAAUCACAGUUCUUGUAUUUCGGAUUGAGGGGAUUCAUUACUGAUUGAGGGGAUGAAUAUGUAAUUACAGCCUGGGAAGCUCAGAUAGCUCAGAGAAAGGGAAAAAUAACGGAGAAAGAGGAAAAAGAGUAAAAUGGUUAUUGUAUUAGGUUUGUCGCUCUAUGUGAGCUCUCACAGUCAUGUUUAUGAAAAGGCUUAAGACAAAUGUUUUCUGGGUUUGACCAAAAAAUUAAACCUGAUAAAAGACUUCGGAACGGGCUAAACUCGGACCAAAUAAAUUGCAAAGUUGAGCUGAAAAACGCAAUGAGACGAGACAACUGCUUAUCAAACAAAGAUCGCAUUUAUUUUUUGCAUGUAAAAUAAUGUAUAUUAUGUACAUGACGUUUUAUAAACAGAUCUAAGUAAUAUAGUAUGUAUCAUAAAAUUAUCUUGAUUUUUUAGGACAACAUUCACUAUAAAGUUCCCGAAAGGCGACAAAAAGUUACCAUAAGUUCACAAGCAAAGGCUUGAAUUAGCUAGAAACUAAUCGCCAAAGGCUCCAAUUAUCUGGAAAUUAAUCCUGA